AUCAGUCAGCAACACGCGCCCAUAAACAGGACGGGACGAGCGCGCGGCCAGCAAUAGGACCGCACCGUGUUGUGUAUGUGUCUGUGUUUAUAUUUCAGAGCGCGUUCACCAGAACGGAAAAUAGAACUACAGACAGACCGAUUGGGCCUACAGAAUCGUUAUAAAACGGCAUUUCCAUAGCACCUUCUGAGUUCCUUAAGGCUUAUGCGAUUUGAGUGACUCGGAGGCUCGUGCCUUUUCUCCUCCAAGGUUCCAGAGAGGCGCGUGGAAAAGCCCUGUGCAUUCCUCCUCGCGAAGGGAGGGAGGGAGAGAGAAAGAAGGGGGAUACGCAUACGUAAAUACAUACGUGCCUGGAGCUGGUUUCGACUGUGGGACUGUGCGUAAAGAAGUGGGGGUUUAAAAAAGGAGACGGUUGGGGUUAUUUUGUCGCCAAACGGACCUAUAGAGCGGCAAUGAGAUCGAGUCGCUGGUGAGCCAAUGCUUUGAUGAAUAAUUUACGGUCUUGUCGGUGGAGAGAGAGCGAACCACAACCACCGCCUUCUGCCAGCCUCUGACGCCGUCGGAGAGGGCCCCGAUGGAUGACUAGAGAGAGCCAACAACACUGACUCUGAAACGGGACGAAAGAUUUGGACAUUGAGUGGUGUGAUGCUGUGUCGGUUGGAGAGGAGAAAAGGAGCUUUGGGCACUUUGCGGAGGAUCCUGUACACAUUCUGUUUUCGGAUUAUUCUAUAAACCCGCCAUGCCGCGACAUCUAAAACAAUAACAACAACAAACGAAUAAAUAAACAUAAACCAGUCAACUCUAAAGGUGGCUCUUUUGGACAUGCCCUCAUGAAAAUAACCCAUCCCCCCAGAAAAAGAGAAUAGAUUUAGGCCUAUGUAAAGUUGGCCAUAAUUGUAGUGAGUAGCCUAUAAUGAUUAUUCUAAAGCCAUAUCCAAGUAAAGAGAUUUAAUCAUUGUGAACUGAAAUGAAUAUUGCUAAUUUGAUUUGAAGAGAAUCUUAUGAAAGGGCUGCCUUUAUUUGCAUAUCUGGCGUCAGUUGAGGGUAAUUUUUUUGAGAUAACACCUAUAGGCCUAUCCUAUGUAUGUGUAUUUUGACUGUAAAAAACAACAUAUCUACCUCAAGAACCUCAGCCUGUUUUCCACAGAAGAGAACACAAGGGGAGAAACAAACAUAUGUAUCCCAAAUGAAUACCUCAGUAAUACCUCAGUGGAUGUUCUUAUAAAGUGUAGCCUUGUUUAAAACCCCUCAGAUGGCUUCAUUCUCAGACUCCGACCUGCAAACCUGUCCUCUCUGCAAGGAGCUCUGCGGCUCCUCCUCCACUCCUAUUUCCUCCAACUCCUCCACCUCAUCCUCCUCCUCUCAUUCCUCCUUGUCGUCCUCCUCCUCCCGGCGCCUCCAUGUUCUCCCCUGCCUCCACGCUUUCUGCAGGCAGUGUCUGGAGGGCCAGCGCAGCCCUGGGGACCCUCUCAAACUCUGCUGCCCCACCUGCAAUCAGAAGGUCUCCAUCUCCGAAGCCGGAGUGGACUCCCUCCCUUCCUCCAACUUCCUCUUCAGUAACCUUCUGGACGUGGUGGUGAGCUCCGAGGAGCAACUCCAACUCGGCCAGAAUACGAACGGCCACCACCGGGGGGUCGGCGGGGGCUCCAUACCCGGGUUCCACCACCCCCACGGCGGGCUCCUCCGCCCACACCGCCUGGGAGAGCCCCAAUGCAGCUCCUGUGACGAGGGGAACCCGGCCAGCUCCCACUGCCUGGACUGCCAGGAGUACCUGUGUGAUAACUGCGUCCGCGCCCACCAGAGGGUCCGGCUGACCAAGGACCACUUCAUCGAGAGGCUGGCUGAGAGCCUGCACCAGCACCAAGCGGAUCGAGGCAAGGCCAGCCCCAUCGGAGGAGGUGGAGAAGGAGGGGGAGGUGUGGGCGUCUCCCUGGCCCAGUCCUUUCACUACAACUUCUCACUGCUACCUUUGUUCCAGGACAGGAUGAGCUUCUGUCAGAACCACGACAACGAGGUGUUUCUGUUUUUCUGUGAGACGUGCUCGGUGCCUAUCUGUAGGGAGUGUAGUGUGGGCAGACACAUGGGCCACAGCUUCGUCUAUCUACAGGACGCUGUCCAGGACUCCAGAGCCAUCACCAUCCAGCUACUGGCCGAUGCACAGCAAGGAAGACAGGCUGUACAGCUGAGUAUGGAGAAAGCCCAGGCCAUAGUGGAGCAGGUUGAGAUCAAGGCCAAGGUGGUUCAGACAGAGGUGAAGAACAUCAUCCUCAGACACAAGAAAGCCCUGGAAGAGAGAGAGUGUCAGCUACUCUGGAAGGUUGAGAAAAUCCGCCAGCUGAAAGCCAAGUCCCUGUACCUGCAGGUAGAGAAGCUGCAUCAGAACCUGACCAAGCUGGACAGCACCAUUGCAGCCGUCACUCAGGUCCUGGACGAGGGCCGUCACCUGGACGUGCUGCUGGCCAGAGAACGUAUGCUGACCCAGAUCCAGGAGCUCAAGUCUCUCAGAGGACUGCUGCAGCCACAGGAGGAUGACAGGUUCAUGUUCAUGCCUCCAGACCAGGCCCUGUACAUAGCCAUCCAGUCCAUGGGGCUGAUCAGUAGUGGAGCGUUCGCUACCGUCACCAAAGCUCACGGCGAGGGUCUAAAGACUGCACUCCGCGGCAAGCCUGCCUCCUUCACCGUGAUUGGCUACGACCAUGACGGGGAGCCCCGCCUCUCGGGCGGUGACGCGGUGUCAGCAGUAGUGAUGGCAGCGGCGGAUGGUAACCUGUCGGCUGCGGAGGUGUCUGACCACCUGAACGGGUCGUACACAGUCAGCUACCUGCCCAAAGCAGAGGGAGAAUAUCUGGUGUCAGUUCUGGUCUGCAACCAGCACAUCAUGGGCAGCCCCUUUAAGGUGCUGGUGAAGUCUGGGCGGAGCUACGGCGCCCUGGGGUCCCCGGUGUCUGCGUUCGGUGGUGAGGGGGAGGGGGAAGGGCAGCUGUGUCGCCCCUGGGGGAUCAGCGUGGACAAGGAGGGAUACGUGGUCGUGGCCGACCGCAGUAACAACCGCGUACAGAUCUUUAAGCCGUGCGGUGCGUUCUACCACAAGUUUGGCUCCCUGGGUUCUCGCCCCGGUCAGUUUGACCGUCCAGCGGGCGUGGCGUGCGACAGCCAACGCCGGAUCAUCGUGGCGGACAAAGACAACCACCGUGUGCAGGUGUUCACCUUCGACGGGCAGUUCAUGCUGAAGUUCGGCGAGAAGGGCACUAAGAACGGGCAGUUCAACUACCCCUGGGAUGUGGCGGUGAAUUCUGCAGGGAAGAUACUGGUCUCUGACACCAGGAACCACCGCGUCCAGCUCUUUGGCCCUGAUGGCUCCUUCAUCAACAAAUAUGGCUUUGAGGGCGCCCUGUGGAAACACUUUGAUUCACCGCGCGGCGUCGCCUUCAACCACGAGGACCACCUGGUCGUCACCGACUUCAACAACCACCGUCUGCUGGUGAUCCGGCCGGACUGCCAGUCUGCCCGGUUCCUGGGCUCAGAGGGAACCGGUAACGGGCAGUUCCUGCGUCCACAGGGUGUGGCUGUGGACCAGGAGAACCGGAUCAUUGUGGCCGACUCUAGGAACCACCGGGUGCAGGUAUUCGAGCCGAACGGGAACUUCUUAUGUAAAUUUGGCAUGCAGGGGAGUGGCUUCGGACAGAUGGACCGCCCCUCCGGUGUUGCUGUGACGCCCGACGGAGUCAUCGUGGUCGUCGACUUCGGAAACAACCGUAUCCUCAAGUUCUGAAGAGUUCUAAUAACUAUUUGCUUUCUUUCUUUCUCUCGCUCUGUUUUCUCUCUCUGUUUCUCAGUUUGGGAGAGGAAAUAAAAGAGAGGGAGAGGAGGAAUCAACAAACAGACACACAGAGAGGACAGUUUAAAUAGAGAGACGAUCAGAGUAGACGGAAAUACGUUAUUACGAAAUUAAGGGAAAACGGAUUUGUAGAUAAUGUUUUGUGUUUCUUUACUUUUAGCUUCAGAUUGUUUAAUCAGAUUCCUGUGGUAUACUGUAUGACAAAGGGGACCACUAAGAUGAUUGAUACUCAGUAGUGAAAGUGACAAAGAAGAGAUCCACCAUUUCUCUUUCUUCUUUUAAACUGCUCGGAGCUCUCUCGCUAAACUCUCCUCAAAUCGCCAUCUCAGGGACUUUUCUCACUUUUUCUUGAAAUAUUGAACCCUCUGCUCCACCACCUACCUCAUCUAGUUCUUUAUGAAUGUACUCACACUCUCCGAGCAGAGGUCUAGUCCGUCAAGUUUUACAAAGAAGAAAAGAAAGUCUACCUCAAUACUUAAUUUUUUAUUUAAAGAGAAACAUAAAAAUGUUUUUUGUUUGUUUGAUAUUUGCACAGGAUGAAUAGGAUUCAUGAUGUGCAUCUUGGGUAAUGUGGUUUGUUGCUGAGACACUCGGACGCUGUAGUUCUACGCUGCAUGUUUAGUUCUGGUUAUAGAAGCCCAACCUGACCUGACCUGGAGUGUAGUCUGGAGCGUUCAGUGGUGUCAUUUCAUGUUAUCUAGGUUUAGGGUAGCUUGUUAGUUAGUAAAUCUCUGUUUAGCAUUGCCCCCUCAUCUCUCAAUGUGUAGUGUCAUGGCAGACUGUCAAAAGAAGAAGAGAGGGUUUUAUGUAAUGCCAAGCCUGUUAGACUGAAUCAGCAUUAGUUAGUUAGCUCAAGUCACAGGAGGAGACUGAUGUUGACAAAGGUAAAACUGAUCAGUAGAAUCAGAAGAAUCUCCUUUAAGCUUUACUAGUUUAUUGAUUAUUGAUCGUAGCGGAGCUGGGACAGAUGCAGUUUGAUGAUUGGUUGAAAUCAUGAGGUAGUCGGUGUUGUUGUUGUUGUUAUUGUGGGGAGAUUGUCCCUGCUGUCCCAAAGUAUCCAAUUAUCAAUUGAAUAUUGUCAGGCAUCAUAUAGUAUUACAGGAAUAUGUUUAUGAUUGAUUAAGCAAAGCACGCUGGAUCUAUAUAUAAGAAAAAUAAUGAAAAUCCAUAUGCAAAAAAAUAUAUAGUAUUUGUCUACUCCGAAACAGAGUAUUUUAGAAGUUUAUCAGGAGUUAUCAGGAUGUUGUAUCAGUUAUUGAAAAAAAUGUUAUUGAUUAGGAGAUUGAUUAGGAAUUGUGUCGGAGUGACAUCUCGUUGUGAAUGAUGCGGGUGGAGAACGAUGCCUCCAUAAAGAGGGCAUCUUGAGUGGCUGUCCACAGGACGUGACCGACAGCGGUGAGAGCCAAUAAGAGAUCAGGGUUGGAUUGUGGGUUGAAUUGUGGGGCACUCCGAUUGGCUCUUGGGGCCUAGAAUUGAAUCUAAUCCCCUUGUGACGUCACUGCGAAGCCCCACCCUAUUUAUUGACUUCCAGUCAGGAAUGCUGGAGAGAGAGUGUUCCGGAACAUGUGCAUGCAGACCAGACCUCUAAAAGAUUGAGGUAUAGAGCCCAGCUACUGGAGUCAACCAAAGGUAGAAUUUCUGCACAACUGCCAACUGUAGGUUUGGCAUCUAAAGAACUACAAAUCGAAAGAAACACAAGACCCCUUGAAGACACUUUGUUGUUUAAUCAUUAGUGUUGGAGGUCUAAAACACUCCAACUCUCACCAAAAAGAUGUGUUCAAAGCACUGUCAAUGCCGACAGUCAGAUGGGGAGAAGAGGAAUAUAGGGCCAACUGUGGUGAAAUAUUAUUAACAUUCACACAGUACUGUGACAUCUUGUUGAGACAAGAAUCCCAGCCAUAUAAAACUCAAUAGUUUUAUGUAGCUUUGAAUUUGAAGUACCUUUCAGGCCCAUGUCUGAGGAGAAUGUUGUAGAAAGGUCUGAAACCAGACCAUGUCGCACAGCAACCAAAGAGUAUCUGUGUGUGAUUCAGUCUAGCAUCACCACCUAUGUUAACGUGACAUUGCCAUGAAUGACUCAUAACUAGCAUCCCAUAUUAGCAUUAGCAUCUCAGCCGACACAACCAUUGAGCGCUAACAGAUUUCUGAUUCAUCACCUCUGAGGUGGAACUGUUAGAGGGGUUGUAAAUCCCCCUUUCCCUUGUAAAGUUAGCCACUCCCUUAGCAUAUCCUAGCCUAGCGGUAUGGGUGCUAUUAGUGGGUCGCUGACUGAACUUCUUACCUCAGAGGAAAGAGCAGGCCUGCGCUUUCCAACCUAAUUUCCAUCAACUUUCACAUCCCUUCAUUUACCUCAACGGUCAGAUACCUCAACAUUUAUAUACCUCAACUUUCAUAUUCCUCACAUUUACUUAUGUGUAUCUCAAUUCUAAUAAAGCCUACCUCAACCAGUAACUUGCAUAUACAUACUGUUACAGUACCUCAAUUCUCAGACCUCAUCAACAUACAAAUGUAAUUUUACAAAUAUACCUCAACACAUAUGACCUCACACUUUAAAUACCUCUCAAGUAUGUUGACUAGUAACUUAUAAACCUUAAGUCUCUUAUACGGACUGUAUACCUCAGUUUCAGACUUUACUUUAAGUUAGUCUACAUUUUUUAACAUCAUGUUACUUUUACCUCAACUCACAAUUUAAAUCAUGUUACCUCACCCGUCGGACCAAAGAUCUCAAUCAUGGUGUCUCCAUUUCAUUUGAAAUGACAAGUUACAAAUGGUCAUCUCUCCACACUGUGUCCAUGAGUGGGUUGUUUAGAAGUGUGGUGAAUUAUGCCUUUUAAUCGUAUGGAGAAACCAAAUAGUGCAGAUCUGAGAAUUGUGCCAAAAAGAUAUCCGUGAGAGUUUGGUGCCAAAUGGAGUUGGCAUCAGAAUGACACUGUCAUAGACGGAGAACGUCAUUGGACCAUUAUAUCCUAGAUAUAAGUGUUUAGCGAAUCAAAGCAGUUGUGGACAGAUCCCUGUGCUUUGAUUGGAUGCACUUAGGAGGGCUGGCUCCCUUUUGCUUUACCUCAUUAUGCAGAUCAGCAGAGCUGUAACCUGAUUGGCCAACAGUGAGAGUGAUUGCGAUGUCACUGUUGGCUGAUUAGUGAUGUCAGAGGCACAUGAUCAUGUAAGAUUCCACUUGUCCUUUGUUGCGGUCCGUUAGGGGAGAGAGGGAGUGUUCUCUCUAUCUUACUCCCUUUAGACAUACAAGAAUUACCUCUAAUUUCAGCACAAUACACCAUUUCUCCUCAGUAAGAACAUUUACAAGUGUGGACUUUAGAGUUAGCGUAGUAUUGGUUGAGGAGGAUAGUAAUUUAUUUUGAGACAAGUCUAAAAGUCAAACUCUUUGACAAUACAAAACUGUGGUGUAUAGGAACACAUUGAGUGAAUAAGAUGUUAAUUUUUCGCAUUAAUAAGCCUGUUUAUUAUAUACAUGUUAAUACAGCACAUUAAAAGGCAAGUGAGUUAGAGUCCCCAGACCCUGCUGCUUAAAACCAACAACUGCUUCACCGAUAUGAUCUGUCGAUGGGUUUCAGUAUUACUAUAUGAAAUGUGUCGUCAAGUCUGCAUCAAUCUUUUUUUUAUUAAGUUGCAGGAAACGCUAUCUUUAAGAUCCUUAGGUCUUCACUCUUAAAGAGGAAAAACAUGUAUUUUAAACUGUUUUGUUCAUUGUUUUUAUUUUUCAUUUGUUGCAUUCUUUCAACAUUCUCUACAGUGAACCAACGUCUCACAGAUAUAUAGGUGUUGUAAACUCAGAUGGGUGGGUAGCUGAAUCUGGGGAUGGAUGAUUUUAUCAUGAUUAUAUAGCCAAAGAUGUGUGUUUUAGGAGUACAUUGGAUGUAUUUAACCUUUUGACCUUUGCGAUUGUAUUUCCUGUUCCCAAGAGGCUCUGCAGAAGCCAAUCAGUGCUCGGCUGGCCAUGUCUGGAAUCUUGAGAUGGAGAAAAAGAGCUCAAUUCGCCAUCCCUUAAAACAAAAAUGUAACAGAGCCAGUUAGUACAACAACAACUUUUAAAGCUACACAGUUUAAAUAUCUCUCUCUCUCUCUUUCUCUCUAAGUUUCAGAUGUCCUUCUGUGUCGUCAGAUCAGACGCUAAAGCAGUCCCACUAAUGCUGUUUCACAGGGACCUGUGACAUCAUUUCCUCUCAACACUAUUAAUCCCCCCCCCAAUCCCCCCCACCACUAGUGUUUCCCUCCUGAUGAAGACUGAUUUACAAUGCAGUCAUUUUGUUUUUGGCCUAGUAAUUACAACCUCAUACACUCUCUGUGAAAAUAAGCUAGGUUUCUUGACAAGUUUAGCCGCCUAGCAUCGCUAGAAUCAGUUGAUUCCCCCUCACAAUGAUAUCCAGGAAGUGUGGUGAUGUCUUCUGAGCAUGUGAUUGGUAGCCUGUACUCUUGUUGGGCGGGGGUUUUAUUGGCCCCUGUGGUUCUGUCCACCAUUUUGUUUCUUGCCUCUCAUGGCUUUAAGAGAAAAUAAAAAGAAGAGACGUUUCUAAAAGUGAAACUGCACCAACUGGAAGUCUGCAAGAUCUUAGACCUCUGUCAAUGAUUGUAUCAUCUUUAAAGAAAAUAAAAAAUACGGGAAAAAAUGGAAAGAUAAAAAAUAAAAGAAACUCAGGUAGUUCUGUGUCCCUACCCUGUGGGUGUCACAGUGUAACGUGUCCCCCCAGUGAUGCGGUUGUCACAGUGAAACUUGUCCCCCCUAGUGAUAAUGUAGUGAACCUUUCUGUUAUGACCUCAGUACUGGUCUCAUUGGUCACGUUCCAGGACAUUCUUGUUUUGCAUUUGCGCUGUGCAAACAAUGAGAUUUCUAUAUGGUUCCUAUGCUUUUAAAACACCUCUACAGGCUUUGUGAGAUGUGUAGCACAACUGUGGGAAAGACGGGCUGGAACGUGACCAAAAGUUAUAUGUGUGUCCGUUUAGCAUAUUACACAUUAGUUCUCAAUCUGGAAAAUAAAAGUAUAAUUUUUUUUUGCUUUUUGGAUAAUCUCCCUCAAAUGUACUGUUUUAUUUUCAUGUUUUAUUUUUGUUACAUUUUUCAAUUGUUUGAUAAACACAAAAGGACAAAUACUCCAGAUCAUAUGACUCUCUGCGACCCUUUUGGAAUGUAUUUUUUUGAAGAAAAGGGUUUGCUGGGAGUUCUUGUUGAUUUUCGCUCACACCCUGUCCGUUGCUAGCAGGAACACAGAACAGGACUGAUACUGUACUACCAACCAAUCAGAGUCUGGAGAAUUACAACGGAUGCCACAUUGUCAUCCGAUGGUCCAUGCCAAUGAUGUUCCACUGAUGUUCCACAAUUUAGAAUGUUACUGUAAAGGAGCUUUUGGUGACAAUAUGGCAUCUUUAAGAAUGUUAACUCUCAGUUUAUCAACACUUAGAAUCUCUGUAAGCCUAUUUCUCCAGGGCUUAGUAAUGCACAGCUAAUUCAACAUCACAGCUUUUAACAAGGAGUUGUCCUAAAAAGGUGUCUCGAGAAAACAAGGAGUUAACGGCUAGAGAAGUGGCCUUGUCUUAAUAAAAAUGUACCCUGUUCUGUCCUGUAUCCUGUGUGUGGCAGGUAGUGCGUGUGAGAGUGUGUGUGUUUGUUUGCUGCAUCGUGUUGUUGAACAGAAAUCCACUGAAUGUAUUCUCCUCAGUCCACGAGGCAGGAGGAAGGCAGGGACCAGCCAAGUUUAGAUGGGUGAUGCUGGCGCUUCCACGCUUCUAUGUGUGUGUGUGAGUGUGUGUGUGUGUGGGCGCGCAUCCAUGUGUGUUUUGUGUUGGUGUACAAUCACAUACACACUGAAAUUCUCUGCGAGGAGUGUGUAUGUUUGUGUGUGUGUGCGCAUAGGUGUAUGCGUGUGUGUGUAUGUGUGUGUGUGUGUUUCCCCCUCCCCUCCCACACUGGUCGGUGUGGAAGUGCCGAUGUCAGGUCUUCAGUCUAAAUUUGGCAAAGUAGACUAUAAUAUAUCGGUUACCUGCUACACUCUAUCUUCUGUGGACUUUAAACGUUUCCUAUGCAGUUAUUUGGUUUACACUUAAAUAAACUUGUAUUUCUUUGA